CGUAGAGACAAACAGCAAGAAGAGAAAGAGUGCAAGCAACAGCAGCUCCAAGCAAGCAAGCCAAAAAUAGCGGCCACGACGAGGAACAGAAAUUUGGCAGACCACGACCACAGUCCGUCAGGUGCUCGACUGCCGUCCGCAUUAAUUUUGAGGGAAAAGACACCGGUAACAGCUUUUUUUGAAAAGAUGAGCGGCCCUUUCAAACGUAGGGCUUCCCUGAAGACGCUGCCCGCGAUCGCGAUCUCGAACGCCGGUGACCUGAGAAGACGUAGGUCCUCAGUGGGUGUUACCCAUUCCUCCACGACUUCGGCUGGCCAGCAAGAGGUGCCGUGGGAUAUCCUUGACCGCUGCUUCCUUCCGGUUGUCUUCUGCCAGGCUGCUGCCAUCAUCAUCAGCACCGUCCUCAACACCCUGCACAUCUCACAGGUCACCAGUCUUACCCUCUUCAUCUGGUUCACAAUUAGCACUAUCGCAGCCGUAUUAUUCUACCAUAAUCUAAAGGUGACUGCCGCAGGAAAGGCAGUUCUAAUAACUGGAUGCGAUAGUCGAGUAGGGUAUGCCCUCGCUCGUCAGCUAGAUGAGCUUGGAUUCACGGUAUUCGCAGGAUUCCAGUGCGCUUCAGACAAGACCGCGGAGGAACUGAAAGAAGAGUCCUCCGGCCGUCUGCACGUCCUGCAGCUAGAUGUCGCCAAUGAAACUCACAUCCUUGCAGCAUCCCUAUACGCCGUCGAACACCUGCCAGAUGGCGCACCCGGACUGUGGGCCGUCGUCCAUUGCGCCCAAUGGGUCGCCCUUGGUGAGAUCGAGUGGAUACCCCAUCAGGUUAUAAAAAAAUCAACAAACAUCAACCUUUUGGGGGCGACUCGCGUUAACCAAGUGAUGUUGCCUCUGGUCAGGAGAGCACAUGGAAGGAUUGUUUUCAUGACCUCGGGCUUAUGCAGGGUAGCCAGUGCUGUGAGGGGUGUACACUGCGCCCUCCUGGCUGCCGUCGAAGCGCAGGCUUCAUGCCUCAGACAAGAGCUCAGAACCAGAGGUGUUGACGUCGUCGUCGUGGCCCCAGGUGAAUUCACUUCAGGCAGCACCUGGCUGACCGAUGAGGACAUGCGCGAACAAGCUAUCGAAAUGUGGUCGCAGCUCAGCCAAGAACAAAGGUCCACAUAUGGCGAAGACUACUUCGAAACGGCUGUCAGAAGUUUGGAGAAAUUCACGAAAGCCCAGGAUGCCGAUAUGUCUUCGGUGUUGCGAGCCCUCAGCGAUUCGGUGGUCAGGACUUUCCCAUUGCCCAAGUACACCCCGGUAACCAGGCAGGAGAAGAUCCAAGCUUUCGUCGCCGAUCACCUACCGAGGAGCGUCUACGACAUCGUCUACUCCGAGAAAUAGAAACUUAAAUCGAAAUGUACACAUUAGAAGCUUUUCAUUCUUCAACUUGACGACAACGAGUUGCAUUUAAUUAUCAUGUUGUGUGGCUUUUCUUUAUUAUAGUUUUUCUCC